CUAUUAAUAUUGUCCUAGUUGUAAUAAAAAUACUAAAUAAAAAUACUAACAAGUCCCUAUCAAUCAAUCAAUCAAUCGGUGGAUACACAUAGGACAACGUUGUCUGUUCAGUUGAAUCUGUAGUUUGGAAACAAGAAACAAGAAUAGAUAUGUCUUUCUCUCACUUUAUCCGUAGGGCCAUUAAUGGAUCAACAUCAAGAAUUGCUCUUUCAGCUAGAUCAACAUCAUCAUCAAUCUUUGCUAGUCGAUCCUUUUGUUCAGAGAAGAAGAAUAGCAAUGCUAGUAGUACUAAAACAGCAGCAUCAGAUGUAUCCUACUACCAUCUAAAUGGCGGACCUUCUCAUAUGCGAGCUGCUGUAUUUUGGGAACCAGGAAAACCCCUCACCUUUGAAGAUUUCCAUAUGCCUCGACCCAAAGCUAAUGAAAUUCUCCUCAAAACUAAAGCCUGUGGGGUCUGCCACUCUGACCUGCAUGUAAUAAAAGGUGAACUUCCGUUCGCUAGCCCUUGUGUUGUGGGGCAUGAGAUCACUGGUGAAGUAAUUGAACAUGGACAGCUCUCAGACAGUAAAAUCAUUGAAAGGUUUCCGGUGGGAUCUCAAGUUGUUGGUGCUUUCAUCAUGCCUUGUGGUAGCUGUUCCUUCUGCUCUAAGGGUCAAGAUGACUUAUGUGAGGAUUUCUUUGCUUACAACCGAGCGAAGGGAACCCUUUAUGAUGGGGAAACACGAUUGUUCCUCUGCAAUAGUGGUAAGCCAGUGUAUAUGUAUAGCAUGGGAGGUCUAGCUGAAUAUUGUGUGGUUCCAGCACAUGCAUUGGCUGUUCUACCAAAAUCAUUGCCAUACACAGAAUCGGCCAUUUUAGGAUGUGCAGUUUUUACUGCCUAUGGGGCUAUGGCUCAUGCUGCUCAAGUGCGCCCAGGUGAUGCUAUUGCUGUGAUUGGUAUAGGAGGUGUUGGCUCAAGCUGUCUGCAAAUAGCAAGAGCAUUCGGGGCAUCAGAGAUUAUUGCAGUAGAUGUUCAAGAUGAGAAAUUGCAGAAAGCUAAAUUCCUUGGAGCCACUCAUUGUGUUAAUGCGUCAAAGGAGGAUGCAGCGAAGACAAUAAAGGAAAUCACAGGAGGCUUGGGUGUUGACGUAGCUGUUGAAGCUUUGGGGAAACCACAAACAUUCUUGCAGUGUGUGCAAAGCGUUCGCGAUGGAGGCAAAGCUGUGAUGAUUGGACUUGCACAAUCUGGUGCUAAAGGGGAGGUGGACAUAAACCACCUAGUGCGACGACAG